GAUAAGGCGCUCGUCGCCGGAGCGGGACAUUGUGCGGGUUCGAGUCCCAACCUCGAUCGCUUUUGCUCCUCCACCUGCCUCAUUUGUUGUUGUUGUUGUUUUUUUUGGCGUAGCGAUCGUCGAUCAGAAACCGAACCGCAGGAGAAGCAGUGUCCAUCCUCUAAUCCAAGUCUUCUCCUGCAAGGCGGCAACAGAAAUAAAGUUGUACGCUAACUCAACGGAAAAUAAGGGCCGGCGUCAUAUACCGAUGCAAGCCCACUUCGCCGUAUCUUCGCCGCCAUAGUACUCUCGAUCGCACGCGCGAAAGCCACUCAAUCGCGCACGCGCAAUGACCGACGUCCCGGCGACCCGCCGCGCGCACGGCGCCACGACCGUCCCUCCCACCCUCGUCGCCGCGUCGGCCAUCUCCAUCGGCGUAUCCGCGUGCGUGUCCACGUUGCUGGCGUAUUACGCCACGUUCGCCGUCUCCAUCGUCUGUCUCGCGCGCGCGAUAUCGCCGGAGCGCGUCGACGGCGCCCUCGCCCCCCUGGACGCCCACGUGCGGCGGACGGCGCAACUCGCACUUGCCGCCAUCGCCUCGUCCUACGCCGACGUGGAGGUGGACGUGCGGCGCCUGAGGGACGCGGCGCGAGGCCACGCCGUGCUCGCGCCCAUCUACGCUCGAGCCGAAGAACGCGCGCGCCUGGCGCGCGCGACCGUCGCGGGCUGGGUGGAUGGCUUGAAGAGGAUGGCGGGACCGAAGUGGAGCGAACAACAGGAUGUGGCGCUCGCGGUGUUGUUCUUGUUCCGUCUGAUCGCCGCCGUGAUCAAUUUGGGCGCGACCGUGCUGAUCAAUGCGGCUUACGAGGAAGCUAAGAUUCGAGCCCCGUCGGUGCUGGGAUACCUGAGGGACGUGAUCAAGGCGAUCAGGUCGCCGCCGUUCACGGAAGAUGAGGAGGCGGCGGAAUCCUGCGGCUUCGAGUUGAAGGACAUUGUGUCUCUCGUCGCGAUCGCGGUCUGCCUCCUGUACAGCACGGACUUGCUCUUCCACACCAACUUCACCAGUGGGAUGCUGUUUUAUUCUGCGUGCUUCGUGCCAAUGUGCGGCUUCGCGCUACUGGUUGCUGAGGGGGUUUACCUGAGAGAUAACUCCGGCGAAACUGACACCACCAGUGACAGGCUCAACACGGCCAACACAAGUCGGCGAGUGGGCAACGGCGGUGAGGCAAGACGAGACGCAGAGCUCGAAGAGCGGGAGUCUUGGGGGUACCUGUGGCUUCUGAUCGUCAUCACGUACUGCAUCGAUGCCAUCUUACUCCGCGCCACGCUGGGCCCGCGGUUUGUGGCGCUGGCAUUGUUGGGCCGCUGCAACGUCGAGAUCAUCAAAGUUGGCAGGCGAAUUCAGCUGACGCCUGACGACGGCGAGGGAGCCGAGGGCUCCACGGGCGGCGUGAACGGAGGCGUCGACAGGUGGAGCUCUGCCGUGAUGGCGGUGUUGGCUGCGUCCAGCGUGAAGGUCUUGGGCAUCUUCCUCGUGCUCGACUUUCACCUGGCCGCGCUCAGCUUUGCGUCGUUGUGCAUCAUGGCGGCCUUCCUGUUGGUCGAAGAGGCCAGCUUGUCGGACGUGGAUGCCUCGGGGGACGAGGACAGCGGGGAGGAGGGUGCUGGUCUCGCCGAGGAUGUCGCAGGAGGCGCUGAAGAGGCUGACGAGGUCAGGGCAGAGCAUCCGAACACGAGCACGGUGGCAGUCUUUGAGUUUGCAGAGGACGGCUCUGCCACGGAGGAGCAAUGCAAUAGUUCAGAGGACCACGUCGAGGAGCAGUCACAGCAAGAAGAACAAGACAGCAGCAGCAUGGACGGCUGGGACUUCGUAGAGGUUGAUCCGGAGAUGCCGAUCAAAGAUCACGGUGGCGCCAACCGGAAGUUGUCCACGAUUUUCCCAUGGAAGUACGCGGCGUGAUACCCUGUUUUGUGCCAGAUUUAUCGUGCUAUUUCUUAACGUGCUGUGGUAUUUUCCAGAUUUCGUUAGAGUUCUUUGCAUCAAACUUUGUUUAGCUAUGAUUGGAAAACCUUUUUUUUUCCAUAUGUGGCAGUAGAUAUGUUUAAUCGUUACCAGCCUAAGGCGUAUGAUUUUUUUUCCGAGUGACUAGCACCUUGUUUUUUAUCCUUCCCCCAACAACUCACUCGCCCGGCGGCCCCACGUGUCGCAGCCCUGCCGCUCGUCGGCUUCCGGUCUCUGAUGCCUGCGAGCACCCCGACGAUCUCAAGCCUUGUCCGCGCCCCACCACUUUUAUUCGUAACCCUUGUGAGCUCCUCCACCACACUCUGCCAGUGCCCUGUCCUCCUUGAUCGUCUCCGGCAUAAGCUACUUAACUGAUUUACUCACACUCCUUACUAGUUUCUCGGAAACUUACAUUUUGCUCUUUUUUGUUGUGUGCAGUCCAUAAAUUCCAACUUUAGCCUUUUGAUCUUCUUCUCGAACUGCUGGGGAAAUGCCAGAGAAGUUGUUUUUCUAAAGAAAAGGUCCACACUCGCACAGCUCCGGGAAACGUCUGGAUUCGAAUCCAAAUCCCUCCCGAAAACUGCCUCAAGAACUAGUUUGUUCGGCAGCCAGAGAAGUUGUCAUAUCAAAAGAUGCAAGAAGAACGAAAAUUCUAAUCUAUAGCCAGAGUUUAAAAAGAAAAUU